CACAGGCAUUGCACCCACACACUCGCGCACAGCAGGCAGCAUUUUCCACUCGUUCAGUUUUGGUGCAGUUUCUGGCUGGAAAAGCUUUUUCACCCUUCUCUCUAUUCUCUGUCUGUCUGGCUGUCCGAGGCUGGGUUGAAAAAUGUCAAUCAAAAUUUAAGUUUUUCUCCUUAAUCGGUCGCAAAAUUUUUGUCGUGUAUUUAAUUUCGGAUUCGUUCCCUCACAGUUUUUCGGUGUUUUCCCACGGAAUUGUGCCGCGGAAGAUUCAGUGCCCGAAGGAGUAUACGAACUAUGCGUUAGCAACCACAAUCAGUGCCGUGUCAUCAAUCGUCUUUUCCGUGUUCCUUAUUUUCUCAAGUGGGUCCUGUUGAAUCAUCUUGUGUGCAACUCACGAAACAACCAGGAUGAAUUUCUCUGCGUUUGGGGGGCCAUUUUCCGGAAUCCACCAGUUUGCGGCCAAAUUCGGCAGUAACGAUGGAGCGUUCACCAGUACGAACGCGACGGCAGGAAAUGGCGCCGGACCUGGCGGCCUUGUAGGUGCUGCCACCGGAGGAGGAGGGGGAGCGGCUGGCGCUCCGGGAACCACCACCAUUAGCCAACAGGAUUUGAAUCGGUACCACGGAUCCAACGGAAAUCAUUUCAAUCAGAAUUCUACCUCAAUGGUUAACACAGCUAUGUCCUAUGGUCAGAACAUCUCUUUGCCGUACAGUCAGCCACAAAAUGACCACGGCUUUGUGAACAGUAUGCAAAACGAUCAGAACAAGUUGAAGAGCGCCAUAAAAAUCGAUCGGGACGAAAUGAUUAACCAGCAAAUCUUGCAGAACGUUAACCAAUCGUGGCAAACGUUGGCUAAUCCUACAAACACGGUGGACUAUUCAUCGCAUCUCCUGUCUGCCACCUUGCCAAUCUCAAUACAGCAUUUUCUCAAGUAUUCGGAGUCAAUCAAGAAGGAGUCCAAUGGUGUUGGCUCCGGACUGACUUCGCCGGGACCGUUGAGCGGGUUGAUUGGCGUCGAGACGAAUGCGUUUAGCGUACAGAAAGACUUAUUGAAUCUGAAGAAUGGAUCAAACCUAAAUUUAGCAUUGGGAAACGUUGCCGUCAGUGCGGCGGCCGCAAGUUUGGGAUUGAACCAUCAACAUCUAACACAGCACCAUGCCAGUAAUCAUCAGGACACAAAUCAUGUGUAUGGAAACUUGAAUCAGCUUCCCAUCAUCAGUAACAAUGCUCCGAAUAACUCAACGCAGACUGUUAAUCAACAGAACGUCAUCAACGGACUUGUCAACGGUAGCGCUACUUCGGCUGCUACCACUGCAAACGGAAAUAGUACCAGCACAAAUGGCAACACUGGAACUACAACUACGGCCGGUGGAACAACGACUACCACUGGCAAGUCCAAACGCCAAAAGAAGGAGAAGAAACGCAAACCACCGAAGGAGAAAAAACCCCGCCCGAAGCCCGGCCAGAUCCGGGAGACAAAAGCCCUGGACGGUUCACCUCUGUUUUGCUGUCCGGAGUGUCAAAUGGCAUACCCAGAGCGUGGUCUGAUCGAGCAGCACGUCAUAUCGCACGCCGUGGAACGUCGUUUCGUGUGUGACAUUUGCCACGCGGCACUGAAACGCAAGGAUCAUCUAACCCGGCACAAACUAUCGCACAUCCCGGAUCGGCCACACAUUUGCAGUAUAUGUUUGAAAUCUUUCAAACGCAAAGAGCAGCUCACUUUGCACAUCGUCAUUCAUACCGGCGAGAAAAAGCACGUUUGCAUAGAGUGUGGUAAAGGUUUUUAUCGGAAAGAUCACCUCCGCAAGCACACUCGCUCGCACAUCGCUCGUCGCGUAAAGUCGGAAAUGUCGGCCCAGUCCGGGUCCGGUACGAAUAACUCCAACAACGCCAACAACAGCAGCAGCAACAAUUCCGCCCUUGCUUCCUCGCUGAUGGCCACCAAUAUGCAGGGCGCACCGGUGACAGCUUCCUGAGCCUCGUACAAGGACUUUUGGUAAAGUGGAUGUUAGUCUUUCUUGUGCGUAGAAAGCUGCUCACGUAAUUUGUAAUGCCGACCGAAUUAGAUGAAGAUAGGAUCGAUCGCUGAAGGUAAGUCGAGAUGUUUAUUUUUCCUGUCAGUCCAACAGCACACACAAUAGAGUAAAUAGGUUAAAGCAAUGCUCAAUUGCAUCGGUUUAUUCUAUACAAAUACGAACUAAACUAACUUCCGCCAGAAGAAGAAGCCUUAAAUACAAAAUCAGCAUCGAUACGCUGUGAUUCGCAAAUCUAUCGGUAUUAAUAUUAGUGGGAGAACAUCGUAAUCACUUUACUCAAAGUCCAUGCUUUUUUUCCGUUGUUCAAAACUCUGAAUUUCCCCCAACUGGCGGAGCUUCCGAGAGUAAUCUUGUAUACUAAAAAAGUACCGAAAUUCAACUUGGUUGAAACGAAAUAUCGAACAUUGUGCUAUCGGAACAGAUACGGAGUCGUCUGUUCACGUCUGAGUAUACGUGCAAUCUGCGGGCUGACUUGAGACUUCUCCUUCCAUCGCCAGGGGUUCAAAAUUAGCUCGAAUCUGGCGUUCGCGGAGGCAGCUUUACAAAACAGCAAUAAACUUCAUGGCGAUCGAAGAACGCAACAAAACUGCGGUGUGAGUUUUAGCAAAGCUUAAAAUUAAUAUAAAAAAAUAAAAUGCCAGAAUAAAACUGAAAAGUAAAGAAUGAAUAUACGAAAUCAAUAAUGUAAAUGACAGAUAAUAUUUUUACCAAGAAAAAAAAGCGCAAACUAGUCGCAGAUAUACGACGAUAUACAAUUGGAGAAAGUGUAAUAUUUUAUUUUUUCGAACGAAAAAAACAUCCGAUGUGGUAGAUUAUAUCCGUAAGAAUAUAUAUUUUGUACUGAGUAUUAUGAAUCCAGUGAAACAGAUGUUUAAGCUAACAAAACUAUAUAUUAAAAAGAAGUAUUACGAUGACUUAAAUAUAUGAAUUAAAGUUUUAACAGGAAAAAAACCUAGAGUAGAUGAAGCGGGUGAAAAUUUUGCAUUAAAACAUUUGUUGAGUGAUUGGAACAGAGUUUUGGUAAACAGAAAGUUGAACAGCUCGCUCGAACGAAAUUUGUCGAAACCGCCGAUUGUUGUAGAAGGGAAAAUCUCUCCGGAAACGGAACCGAAAUAGGCUACCUUGCAUUCAAAGAAUACUAUGUCUACCUAUAAAAAACAAAUAUUGAUUCUCCUAACUAGACAGCUAGAAGCAGAAAAUGACAUUAUCGCAUACAGCAGAGAAAAAUAUAUAAGAAUUCAAAGUACAAACUAAUAAGGAAAAAGAAAAGAAAACUAAUAACUGUUGAAACAAUAGUCAAAACAAAUGCAAACAAACACAAAAAAAAACAAAACUCAAAUGUUACUCCAAAAGUUGCAGACAUUACAACAACAAAACAAACUUACCAAAGCGAUGUUCAAAUGAUUACUACAACAAAAACGUAUGAACUUUCAACAAUAUAACGUAGUAUAGAAAGCUAUCACAUAUUUCGUAUAACUGGAAGGAAUUAUAUUAUUAGUGGUCCCACAAAGAAGAGAAACUGAACAAAGCGGAAUUACAACUACACUACAAGCUUCUUUAUUUGGUUCGAAUUAAUUUUGUUGGAUAGAGCUAGGGGUGGAAAAACCGCAUGAAACGUUCUGAAAAGUUAAACCGAAUAAAAACUUACACACUAGAAUCAAACAAAAUUAAAAACGCUAACAACACCGCUAUGCUACUGAAGCAACACGUAAGCAUAGAAUAUAGAUCAGCAGUAACUGCAGAAAAAUUAUAGUGCCGUUCAGCUUUUGUACAACAAACAGAACAAAAAAAAAAAAAGAAAUCUUGCAAUGGAAUGUUUUUUAGUUUUUAUUUUCUAUUGAGAUUGUAAUGCGGAAGUAGGCUUCUAUAGUGGUAUCUUUUUUUCUCAAGUUCUAACGAUGGGGAGUUAUUUUAAACAGUCACUUUCUGAUCGGUUUUAUUAUCAGAGCUUUCGGGUUCUGGUAAAAGUUUUGUAAAAUUUUGAUACUUGAUCUCUAUUCAAAUCCCACUGAGCAGAUUAGGUACGAACUAGUUUGUAUUGUGGGGGAAGGUCGGAUUUUGGUUUUGGGUUGUGUGUCAACUGAUGCCUAAUAAGCAGGCAUACCAGUGGUACAGUCUUUUGUUUACUGUCUUCUAAGGAUAUGUUUUCUGUUGCUGUUUGUUCGUGAUACCUAUCCGCGUUGGAAGUUCGGUAGUCACAUUGAGAUCGUAUUGGUAGCAGAGCAUCACAAAAGGAAACGAAAAAUGUACUCCGUGUGUCGAUUUGGCAUUAUUUGGAGGAUGUUUUCGGAAUUGCGAAUGUAGGAAAGAGAAAAAGCUGUUUUUUAUACAGACGUUCGUGUCCGCACUACACAAACAGCACGUUUUGGUAACAGCCUGAAUCCAUCGGAGACAUUUUUCCUCCAUUUUUUUAUUUGCCUAUGAUGGAUGUCGUAUGACGGCUGUUAAAAAAGGCUGUGGGAAGAAGAAGCGUAAGGACUGCUCGGCACCUUACCGAUAGCCUUAGUUUAGAAAAGCAAACUCGGCAAUAAAGCGGCUGUGCACUGAAGGAUGGGUGUAUCGCAUACCGAAUGUUAAAUACAACCAUACAUGCUAUCGUCGACAUGGGAAUAAGGUGAACAGCAAAAAAAAAUCAUGUAUGGGGAACUAGACGGCAACGUUAUAGUCGCAAUAUAUUUUAUCUGUCGGCUGUCUUUAUUUUGCCAAUACCACUACUGUCAUAGAUGGAUGCUCUCGGAUGUCAUCAAAAAACUGUCAUCGCUUAGUACAUUUUUUCCCCUGCUAAUAAAUCGAUCUCAGUGUCUGAAUAAAGAUUUCAAGAAUGAAUGCUACUGGGUUCUCUGUGCUACUAUUGUUGUCAUCGUCGGACACUAUUGACUUUAAAUCGCUAAUUUGCUCGUACCACUAACUGCUCCAAGUUGCUUCAUUCGCCUGGCAGACUCGGGAUUUACAGUGUGGCAGAAUACCUUUAUCGGAUAUUCAUAACUUUGCAAGAACAUAAUCCGCUUACUAAUAUGUGAAGCAAAAAAAAAUCCGCUUAUUCUCCAGCUACUGCUGCAAUGGUCUUCGGAGUGAUGCGUUUUUUGUAGCUUUUCCAUAACAACUCAAACGGGUAGAGAGUGAGCUUCCUUUCUUAAUACCAAAACAGUCAGUAGCACAAUGUUCAGUGGUCUUAAAAAUAAAUAACGUAACAACCAUACAAUACAGAACUCAUUCACUUCUGUUCGAGCGUCUUGAUAGAAAAUCUUCACUACACUUUACACUUUUUAUUCACUUUCACUAUUUAAUUCUAUCGCUUUUCACUUUUCACUUGCAUAUACGUAUUUCAACACUUACAUAGUGCCGUCGUCAGUGCUUAUUUGGACAGUCUAAAUCUAUUGUCUAUUGUCAAAUAAGACCCCCUAGUAAAAAAUUCGUUUAUUUUCCCUCUACUCUCAACUGAAAAUACAUACAAAACAGAUCUAUAUGAAUCUACCUCUACACGUCGAUGAUCAAAGCAAAAAAAUGCAGCGCCGCCUACAUGUCAAAAAACAAUUGAUUGAGUAUAUAGUAUGUCAACACAAACAACUCAAACAGAAAACAAAAAUCUAAAAAUAUAAUAUCACUUAUCUUGCACUAAAUCCUUCAAAGACUGCAUAUUCCGAUAGUUCUGUUGUUUGGAACACCAACACUAGUAAUUUUAGUAGAUUUCACUAUAUAUUUUUUCGCAAAACACUUUAAAAGAAGAAAUUACGUGGAGAUAAAAGCGCGCACAAACAUUCGGCCUUGUUGCCAAUUUCUCCCUCUAUUUCCACCUAGCCCAUUGUCUGCUAUACACAUAUUGAUUUAUAUGCCGACGGGUCAGCUGGGUUUCCUGGCCUUCGGCAGCAAUACUAAUCGCUUCCACUUAUCCGGGGAGAGACAGUCAUUUAAGCAUUUCUGCAUGGCUACUCUAAACUAACCGGGUCAUCUUAUCUUAUGGUCAUCUCAAUGCACAGUGGUUUAAAAGUCGAUUUUAACGCGCUAAAUUGAUAACUCCACGUACGUUGGAUAUACAAUUAUGACGUCUUCACCAAAAAUGGUGGGUAAUACCUCCUGCAUCUUUUGGUGCUAUGAGAUUUGUGAAUAAUCUCCCCAAAAGUGAGAUGAAAAAUUUAUUUUUUUGCUCCAUCGAGAUACAGAGUUGGUGUCUUCAGUAAAGUUAUAGGUAUAACCACUACGACCAACUUUUCCGAAGACAAAAAAUUCGUAUCUGUUACUCAAAUUGACUUAGAGAGUUUUUAUUGAAAAUAGACUUGUCAAAACAUAUUUUUCAAUGAAACAUAUUUUUUUCUAUUUUCUAGGCCUUCACUAUGUUCUACAAAGUUGUUAGUAGCAUCAGUAUACACAACUGUCUGGAAGGUACUAUAUUCGUAUUGUUUAAAAAACUAUGAGUUAUGGGCUAUUUUUUAUUUUUUUUCGCCAUAUUUCAAAUUACUGUAUCUUUCUUAGGGGCAGGUAGAUGCAUAUUCGGUAGUAAGCAUAUGAAAGUAUAACAAUAGAACUUUCAAACGCUGGUGGUUUCGCUAGUCCACGACUUUCUGCUGAUGAGUUGUGUUCAUAACAAAAAACCUCGUUUUUACCCUCUUUAAUGAUUUAACCAGGUAAAAUACUAAUAUUGUAAACCAAGAUACCACGCAAUAAGUUCGUAUCUAUGGUGACCAUCCUACCAAGUGUGCUUCAAGUAUUUCAGAACAUGUAAAUUGCAUAUGCUUGUUUUUGGUUCACCUCGAAUGUUCUCAAUCAAAAACAAUGAACCUAAUACUAAGUUGAUAACUGUAGAACAAACAAAGAACGGAAAUUGCAAGCAGGAUAAUAGCAAAUUUAAAACCACUAUCAUCAAUUACAAUUUAAGUGUUAUUCUUGUUGAAUUUUGUUUGGUGGUAUUCAUUUUUUUAAUACUAUUGCAUUCAGUAGUAACUAUUAAUUAUUAUCGUCGACCACCAUGCAGUUGUCGGUUUCGACACAUUCGUACUAGCAUCAUAACAUCAUCAAGUAAUAGCUUCUCGUGAUUUUCGGCCAUCCGCGAAUGGACGUUACUACGGGGUCUGAUGAAGCAAGCAGCCAGUUUAUCCAAUAGCGAGUAUUGUAUUCUCGAUAUCUGUUGAAUUAAAGUUUUGAAAAUAACUUGACACAUUUCUAAGGUAAAUUCAUGUACCUUUCCCAAUUCUUGUUCGUUACUUCCUGAGCCUCUUCGAAAGCUACCGGAUUGAAACAUUGAAAUGGAUGAUUACGGCCAACCCAUGCAUAAUACAUUGUGGACGCUUGUUGGUAGAUAAUAUCGCGGGUACAAACUUACCAGCAGAUGCUUGGUUGCACAACAGUAAAUUAUUGUUUCUGAAGAGGCUCAGAAUAUGUUAGAGAAGUGGUUCCCAAUCUUUAUUGGUCCGCGGCCCCUUUGGCUAAACACAAAAAGCUCCGCGGCCGCCUUUGCAAAGCACAGAGAGCAUUGCGGCCCCCCAAAAAAUUUUAGAUACAAGUUUGCAAUACGAGUCUGUGUUUUUUAGUCUCAUAUCGUCCUGCAAGUCUAAUUUGUUUCACGUCUUAGUCUUAAUAGGCAGAAUAAUUGAAAAUCCGCUUUCACAAAGACACCUAGAAAGAAAUUUUGAUUGCCUAUCAAAUUUACCAACAAUUUCGCAGCCCCCCUAGAUGAGCAUCGAGGCUCCCUUGCCGGCCGUGGACCCCCGGUUGGGAACCACUGUGUUAGAGGUUCAUGGUAACUUUGCUUGUUCUACAGUUAUCAACUUAGUGUUAUAAUAGCACUUUCAUUGUUUUUGAAUAAGAACCUUCGAGGUGAACCAAAAACAAGCAUAUGCAAUUUACUUGUUCGGAAAUACUUGAACCACGCUUGGUAGGAUGGUCACCAUAGAUGCGAACUUAUUGCGUGGUAUGUUGGUUUGCAACAUUAGUAUUUUACCUGGUAAAUCAUUAAAGAGGGUAAAAACGAGGUUUUUUGUUAUGAACACAACUCAUCAGCAGAAAGUCGUGGACUAGCGAAACCACCAGCGUUUGAAAGUUCUAUUGUUGUACUUUCAUAUGCUUACUACCGAAUCUGCAUCUACCUGCCCCUAAGAAAGAUACAGUAAUUUGAAGUAUGGCGGAAAAAAAAAAAAUUGCCCAUAACUCAUAGUUUUUCAAACAAUACGAAUAUAGUACCUUCCAGACAGUUGUGUAUAUUGAUGCUACUAACAACUUUGUAGAACAUAGUGAAGGCCUAGAAAAUAGAAAAAAAAUAUGUUUCAUUGAAAAAUGUGUUUUGACAGGUCUAUUUUCAAUAAAAAUUCUCCAAGUGAAUUUGAGUAACAGAUACGAAUUUUUUGUCUUCGGCAAAAUUGGUCGUAUUGGUUAUACCUGUAACUUUACCGAAGACACCAACUCUGUAUCUCGAUGGAGCAAAAAAAUAAAUUUUUCAUCUCACUUUUGGGGAGAUUAUUCACAAAUCUCAUAGCACCAAAAGAUGCAGGAGGUAUUACCCACCAUUUUUGCUGAAGACGUCAUAAUUGUAUAUUCAACGUACGUGGAUUUAUCAAUUUAGCGCGUCAAAAUCGACUUUUAAACCACUGUGCAAUGGCGAGGUUGUGGAUUCCGUCUAGUUCCGGAGCCUUUCUCAUCCCCAUAGAAUUAGCGAUAUCUAAGAGUUCCUCAUUCGUAACCCUUACCACCUCCUUAACCUCUGCCCGACUGCCGUCACUCACAGUUUAUGGUGGUUUGACAACCGGUGGCCAGGGACUUGAAUCGUGGGGUAGAAAUAGUACCAUAAUAAUCCGCGCUAACAUCGCUGGUGAUUUUUCGGCCGGCGCCGACUCUUCUCUGUCAUUACGGACCUGUAGGCGUUACCGGAUUCGUUUUGCCACUAGCGCAUAGCCUGUCAAAGCAGGCUUGUUUGCUUGCUUUAAUUGCGCUCUUGUGCGUGGAUCUCGCAGAUGCGAAUGCGAUAUCGGUACGCACACGCUGUAUUCUCCGCCUUCCGUUUCUAUGUUGCCUAGUCCUAGGCAUGGUGGCGUCACACGCCCUCGAUAGUAUAGCAAUUGGAUACUCAACACUCGGGUGGAACUCCCCACCCUGAUGUUCUUCUCUGAAUGCUUUUUCAAAUACAUCGGCAACAAAGUGCGAUGUCUUCCAGCCGCGAAUGGUUGGAGUAAUGGCUCUAUCUGUUGCUGGCCGCCCCACGGCUACUUCCCCAUUCGACAGCCUAAGCGUAAAGUCACCUGUGAUAACCGAUGGCGUUCGACCCGUCAGUUCUAUUGAUAACGCGGCGGAGCAUAGCAACUGCAGUAGAAUAUUCCGUUCAUUUUGGCGACUUCGUACUCCUCGUUCGAUCUGGCUGCUUGCUAUAGCUGCUGUACCACAAAGCAGUGGUUCAGGUUCAAUUGAACCACCCUUACGCCUGAGGUUAAGUAACCAAGUUGCUUGCAGGGCACUUAGGGUCUCCCGUGGUGUGUUUAUCGUUCCCUUUGUCGGUACAUACAAAACACUUGGGAGACUUCUGGUAACCUCUCGCUACAUGGCCUGCACCUCCACAUCUUCUGCAAAGCUUAGACCGGUCGGGACCCCUUUUUCUUCCCUGGGUCUGCAUAUAUUCGAGUAGACAAUCUCCAACUGACCUGAGACUUGUGAUCCGGACCUGCUAAAAGGUAAACGUGUUUGCUUACCUAUAAUACGUAUCUUGCAUUUUUCGCUUUUUCUGAACGACGUGUAAUAUUCGAUUCUGCAAACUAAACCAUCUUUCAUCUUUUGCAGACUGUCAGUGUUAAAUGACCUAGCCUCUUUUGCCAUACUUCCGCGCAUUUCUUGACUGAAGAGUCUUGAGACGAACACGACAAGGCUUUCAAUGACUGUACCCGAUGCACCUUGAACAGGUCACGCUUCCUAUCACCAGUAAUCAUUAUUCCACCAUCCGGAUUGAUAAUUUUAACACCAUCCCUGCUGAAUGUAUAGGUAUGGCCACGUUUGACAAUCUGGCUCACUGCAAGUAAAUUUGUCGAAAGUUAACCUGGACAUCAAGCAGUACUAUAAGAUCAUCUGGAUAGCAUUUCGCUUUCAAUUACAUGCUUCUGUUUGGUAUUUCCUUCAUUGUUUCUCUGAUGGCGACAACGACUACUUCUCGACGAGUUUUUCAAGAACCACUCCAACUUAUGAAAUGAUUUUAAGUACCUGAAUCAAAGUACCAGUCGUUACUGUCUUUCUCGGACGCCAACAACACAAUAUACCCCGCAUUACCCUUUUUGGCAGGUUUGAAGAACAGUCCUUUGCUGGAUGACGGAUAAGGUUCUUCAUUUGUCUUGACUGGUUUCUUCCGCGGCCUGUUACUUGCGUAAGCAACUUCCGGCGCAGGUAGUUGAGUUUCCUGCAGCUGUGUGGUUUUAUGAUAUCUCCGGAAUUUUCAAGUGUCAUAAUCAUUCGUCGGUAUUUUUCAGGCAAUCCGGAAAGUAGAAGAGUUCGCUGAUUGUAAAACCAAUUGCUCGCAGCUGCUGAUCCCUUAUGUACGAUAUUGUAAACGAAUGUUUCCAUGGAGUCACUGGUAGUAAGGGAUGUCAACAGACCGACUUUCUGGGUCAAACCAAUGUCUUUGAGCACUAAUUUUAACUUUGAUCACGCGUCCUUCGCAAAAGUAGCAUCUCUCACAUUUAUGUAAUUCACGAUUUGGCUUUCUGAUUCUUUAACGCAUGCACAACCGCCAGUGUUCCUUCUUUAUUCUUCUUUAUCCAUGUUCCAAGAACGUCUAGACCUCAAACUUUCACGUAAGUCAGUUCUCGCAGCCUAGUAGGAAUGGUAUUGACGGCAGACUUGGUAAACUAGACAUCCUGAUCGGUCCAUCGGUCUUCUCCGUCCGAUUGGGAAGUUGUCAUUGGAGUGAUCAUAGUCAUAUUCCUUUGAAAAAAAAACUUGAAACUUGAUUUCACUGUGUGUGGGCCCAUAACCUCUUGUAAAUUGUUAAGAACCGUAGAACAAACAACUCCGGUUGGCAGUUGGAACAAAAAUGACGGUUUUAUGUAACUAACAUUUACUUAAGGCUACUACGACAUCUGAUUCACAUCGACACCAACUGAGAUUGUAUUGUCGCAACGUUUCAACAAGUUUUUCUGCUGCUAACUUCUGACGCUUCUGUUACUUGUAGCACCAUAUUCUAUUUUCCACUGUCGGAACAAUUUGCUACCGCUACAAGAGUCGAAUCGGAAAUGAAUAAAGGAUUCCGCUUCCACCGUCCACGUACAGUUUUCAUUUUCAUAAACUGCUGCUACGGGAGCCAAAUUGAAAAUGAACGUAAAUGACGGCCGCGUACUGCUUUAAUGCAGGGAAUGAAUUCUAAGAUCAUUCUUUCAGACCCUCAUUGUAACGAAAGAAAAAAUAAGCGAGCAGAUUCGCGAUGCAUACAACUUUGUGAUAUCUUUGCAGGGGAUGCGUACAUGUGAUUAGUUGAUUAAUUUGGAAGUACCGUGAGCCGGAGUGAGAUUGUGCCAGUGGCGGUGAGAUUAUGCCAUACAAACCCAUUGUUUGUCAGCCAUCUCAUGGCGAUCACAUGACCAAACGUUCUUGAAUAAGUUUCCUCGGAUACCUAAUCAAGAAAGACUAGCCUUCUGACCCGGAAGAGAUGGCUAACAGGUCACGGGUUGGGUAGCACAAUUUCACCCCGGCUGACGGUAGUUAUAAGUAUAUUUCGGCUGACUUCGAGGUAAAACCAGGUUACCCCCGGCGCUAGGAUCGUGGCUUUAAAGUAGUUUCGAACUUAUUUUUAGAGAUGUAUCCGCUUACAAUCUCAAAUAUGUUUUAGUUUAUAUUUGGAAAUUAAAAGAAACAAAAAUAAACCAGAAGUGGAAACCCUCUGAAGUUCCUGAUUGUUUAUUGCGUCUGUUUAUUGUAAAAACUUACUUGUGUACACCUAUUUUUAGACCCAGAUCAUUACUAUUUUAUUAGUUAUUUCAAACUGGAUGAAGGCAGAGAAUAGAACAAUGGACCGAGCAAGCAAGAAACAAUGAGAAACUCCGCAAGAAAAAAGUAUUAAUUUCAAGAAAGAAUUAUGCGUACAAGACAAACUAUAUUUUUAUACAAAUAUCUACUUUAUCGCGAGUAUUUUAUAAGUAAUAAUAUCGUAGCAUUACGGGAGUAAGCAAUCGUGCGUCCAGCUGAGUGCGUCGUCGUUGGCAAAGGAGGCGAACUGUUUAUGAGUUUUAGCCGAAGCAGGUUUGAUUUUGCAUAAUGAUUUCAAUUUAAGCUACUCGUAAAACAUCAAAACAAGUGUGAGAAAAGUACAGUAACUCUGGAGGGGUUAUAAAAAUAGUCAAGGUGUGAAAGUAUCUGCAGCCAAGUGCAAAUUUUAGAAUAUUCGCAAAAAAGCAGACUAAGACAUACAUACUGUAUCGAGGAUACACUAAACACCGAAUGCUGCAGAAGACUAAUUGGGUCAGCAAAGUUGAACUAGAACGAGUACCCAAACGCUUGGGGACACGCAAAACCAAGAAUCUAAAAACCAAAAAAUAAGGCGAAACAUAUUUCAAGAGUUUUACUAAUUUAUUGAGCGAAACGUGUAACCUGCAAGGUAAAACCAAAUAAUAUAUAUACGAUAAAUUUGUGCUUUUUCUUAA